AAACUGUGAUGGGAGGAGAUGCGGAGAAGAGGGAGGCGUCUGGCCUCCCGGAGAAGAUGACCCCAAAGGAAGAAGCAGAACAGAGAGGGAGCGAGACAGAGUCAGAAGGAGAGGGCCGCGGUAUGCAGAUCCCUCUGUAUCGCUGGGUAAUGCAUGGGGCAGUGAUGUUUGGACGCGAGUUCUGCUACGCCAUGGAAACCGCCCUGGUGACGCCGGUGCUGCUGCAGAUCGGUCUUCCUGAGCAAUAUUACAGUUUGACAUGGUUCCUCAGUCCUAUCCUGGGUCUGGUCUUAACACCUGUGAUCGGCUCAGCCAGUGACCGCUGUACUCUGCGAUGGGGCCGGAGAAGGCCCUUCAUUCUGGCCCUGUGCGUAGGUGUGCUGCUCGGUGUGGCGCUGUUCUUAAACGGAUCAUUGAUAGGCCUCUCUGUUGGUGAUAGUCCCAGCAGCCAGCCCAUUGGCAUCAUCCUCACCGUGCUAGGUGUGGUGGUGUUGGACUUCAGUGCUGAUGCCUCAGAGGGACCAAUCAGAGCUUAUCUUCUCGAUGUUGCUGACACCGACGAGCAAGAUAUGGCCUUGAAUAUUCAUGCGUUCUCUGCUGGGCUCGGCGGAGCGGUGGGCUACAUGCUGGGGGGUCUUGACUGGACCGGCACAGCUCUGGGCCAAGCAUUUAAGUCGCAGGAGCAGGUCCUCUUCUUGUUUGCGGGCAUCAUCUUCAUCAUCUCCGUCACACUGCACAUGCUCAGCAUCCCCGAGCAACCUUUCGCUCCUUCCAACCAGCUUAGAGACAGGGAGGCGGGGGGGGAGUCUAGCAGCCAGUUGUCUUUCGGGGCCGUCGGCCACACGGCGCCGUUGCUUGAUGUGAUUGCCGAGGAGGAUGCUUCAGCUCGAGCCCAGUCCGGAGAGGACAACGAAUCCGAUCCCGAGGAAGGAGAAGUGGACUUUGCUGCCAUGGAGCGCGUGCGGAGUAAAAGCGAUUCGGUCUUGGCCAUGCCAGACGCUACCAUUGAGUUGGAUUCUGACCUCGACCCGGACUCACAGCGUUUCCUUCCACCGUUGCAACACUUUCUGCCGGAGACAGAGGCGGAGCUGGAAGAUGCUUUCAGGCCAUCCAACCACAGUGUUGAGUCCUCGUCUCCUUCUGGGGGGCCGGCAGCUCUUUCUGAUAGGAUGGUGGUUUUAGAGCCGACGGAUCCGGAGAGGUCGGAGCUCGACGGUGCAACAAACGACCUCCCUCUCCUUCAGAUCGGUGGCUCAGGCGACGCACAUCUGAAAACCCGGCAGGUCAAGCCUGUCAAUGGUGCUCAUGCUUAUUCGGACCACUGCAAUGUGAUCAACGGCCAAUCCUCGGCUGUGUUGCCAUGCCGCCCCUUCCACGCCUCAGUUUUACCACGACCACACCCACACACCUUCUACAGACAGCCCUCCUUCACUUUCUCCUACUACGGACGAGUUGGAUCACAGCGCUAUCGACUGCGUAAAACGUCCCAGUGGCGAUCUCGGCCAAUCACCAGCUCCUGCAGUCUGAAUGACCUCAGUGAGCUCCAGGGGCACACACACAGGCGAGAGCUGCACCUGUCAGCCAGCAGCCUGUCGUCUGAGGGCUCCAGCAGUGCGGGCGGAUCAGACGACGGUACGACCGUUCGGCUGCUCUGGCUGUCGAUGUUGAAGAUGCCAAGGCAGCUGUGGACAUUGUGUGUGUGUCACCUCCUCACAUGGUUCUCCAUCAUAGCUGAAGCUGUAUUUUACACUGAUUUCAUGGGACAAGUCAUCUACCACGGAGACCCCAAGGCAGCAGGCAAUUCCACAGAGUUACUCAACUAUCACAGAGGGGUACAGAUGGGCUGCUGGGGACUGGUGGUUUAUGCCGCUACUGCUGCUCUCUGCUCAGCAAUCCUUCAGAAGUACCUUGAUAAUUUUGAUCUGAGCAUUAAGAUCGUCUACAUUUUUGGAACUCUGGGAUUCUCAAUAGGAACUGCUGUCAUGGCAAUCUUCCCUAAUGUUUAUGUUGCCAUGGUGAUGAUCAGUAGCAUGGGCAUCAUCUCCAUGAGCAUCUCCUACUGUCCUUAUGCAUUACUAGGGCAGUACCAUGAAAUCAAAGAGUACAUUCACCACAGUCCAGAAAACACUAGAAGAGGUUUUGGUAUUGACUGCGCUAUCUUGACCUGUCAGGUCUAUAUCAGCCAGAUUCUGGUUGCAUCUGCGCUCGGAGCGGUGGUGGACGCAGUUGGGAGUGUGCGUGUCAUUCCUGCAGUGGCCUCUGGAGGCUCCUUCCUUGGCUUCCUUACUGCCUGCUUCCUGGUCAUCUAUCCUGAUGUGGAGCCCAGCGGCUCGGAGCAGGACCUGGGCCCGGUGGGUAUAGCUCGAUGUUCAGACCCAAAUGUGGACCAGAGUUUGGCUCGUGUGGACCUCGCAGAUGGAGAUAUUUUGAAGAAGAAAGAGAAUCACUCUGUUGCCUGAGCGUGUAAAAAAAACUGUGGGUUUCUUCUCACUAAGCGCACACCACAACCUUUAUGGAUUAUACCAAAUGUCUUCUUAUUGUUGCUACCUCAACUAUAAAACAAAUAGAUGGCUGGAUGGAUGAAGGUAGGCCAUUAAACACCAAGAGCCAAAUGGAAGUGACUUUGUGACAAACUAACCUAGCGCACACUACCAAUUCAAAUGGAAGCCUUUAUUGUAGAAACACAGAGAAGCACACCGAGCACUUUGUCUCGCUCCUAAACAGAAUGAUGUAAUAUGUGACAUUUUACUUCGCCAAGCUGCUCUACAACUACUUGAUAAACAAUCCUAGUGCUGUGGGAGUGUGUAACUCUCCAUUACAUGUUGACUUAAAACUGUUCAUUUUUUACCAUUCGCUUCAUGCAUAUUUUAGAUUAUAUUGUUAUAAAUGGCAUGUUUCAAGGUCUUCUACAUUUGUUGCUGAUAUAGCGAUUUCAUACACCCUUUUUAUUCACAUCUACAGUCUGAAUCCGCUACAUGGAAACGUAGUUACACAGGACUUAAUAUUUUCCUUUUCUGUUAAAAGAAAAACCGGUUCAGAAAAAAGUUCUGUUCUCCUUUCACAGCAUGAUACACUAGAAAUGUUUUGUCAGAAGCUGUAAAAAAAUGCUUUUUUGGCACUGAAGGCAACAAUGUGGACAACCAAUUCCAAUGCAACAUUUGUUACAGCGAAGUUUGAUUUUUACAUUCCUAUGAUUUAACACUGAUCUAUGCAAACUCUAAAUGCCUCUGGGUGGGGGUGUAAUGACCAAGUGAAUCUUUAAAAGAAACACCGGACCUAACGGUUCACUUCCCUCUUUAAAUGUUUGUCCAACUCAAACAACAAAUAACAAAACCAAAUUGCUUAACAGAUUUUGUGUCAGAGCAAGGAAGGAGUUUACCUUUGAAUUUUUACCUUGUUUCCUGCUUGCUACGCAUCGUCUUUGCCUGCCGUGAAUAUAAUGAUGUCUUGCAUCAGAUAUAAAAGGGAAAAUUUUAAAUAAAAUAAUGGAACUAAUCACCAAUUUCCCUACAAAUACUAAAACAGUCAAUUGUGUUUGAAGCAUUAGGUUUGUGCCAUUGAGUUAUUUUGAUGGACCAGUUUUUUAUUUUUUAUAAAACACUUGUUGACAAGAAGUUAGGGUACAUACAGGUUAUUAUUUCUUAUUUCCAUGCAAUUGGAGGUAUUUGUAAAAGAAUAAUUUUAUCUGUAACAGAAAAGGAAUAUUCCUUUUUCUGAGGUCUGUCGGCACAUUUAUUUUUCACUAUUUUAUCACGAGUACAUGCAGGUGGACCAAAGACCUGUUUUUUGUUCCAGCCUCUAUUCCUUUCAAGUUGUGUUAUAUUAUUAUAUACUUUAAAUGUUUCUAAAAGAGGUUUUAGGGAGAAACUAUGUUUUUACCAACAAAGCCGUAUAUUUGAUAUUCUUGGAACAGGCCCCUGCUUAAUUAUGAUUUUUUUAAAUGUGAAUUCUUUAUGAUGAUUCUCUAUUGUUGCUGUGUUUUAAGUGAAUAUUUGUUUUUUUUUGCUGCACAGUAUUUUGUACAAUGUGGGGAUAUUUUUUAUUUAAAAUUAUUUUCCCUUCACUUGUGUCUGUUUUUAAAUGCAAUUUUCAAAUCUGUGCAUGAA